UCUCUUUCAAUUGUUUGUUCCUCUGACUCAACUCUCUCUCUCUCUCUCUCUCCCUCCAAGAAGAAGAAGGAGAAGAAAUUGUUAGAGAGAGAUGCUAGAAAACCUUCCGCCAGCUCCGGCAACGGAAUCGGCCACAGUGGUGAAGCGCUAUGCUCCUCCCAACCAGAGGAACCGUUCUACCAAUAGGCGCAAGUCAUCUGAUCGACUUGAUCGAACAAACAGUGUUGGGAGUGAUUUAGAAAAGAAUCAAGCUGCUUCUCCAAGAAGUGUUCACAUUCCAGAUCAUGGAGAUGCUGGCAGCAGUAAUCUUCUUAAUGAGAAUCACAAUUCAAGAUUUGUAGCUUUAGAAGGGUGUAGUUGCAGUGCAGCUGCCCAGCUUCUUAAUGAUCGUUGGACAGCUGCAAUACAGUCCUACAAUAAUCCGAAAGAUUCAUCUGAAAAGCCAGUUAUGUAUUCGGGUGGGACAUCAGUAUGGACUCAGUUCAGACUCCCUCAUCAGCAGGACUUCCUGGGAGAACUUCGUCGCCAAAUGCACAAUGCUAAUCCUAGUUUCAGUUCGUGAUGGCAGGCAUGGAUUAUUUAAUAAAGCCCUUGAAUGAAUGUGGAUUUGCUGAAUGCUUUACGAACACUUCGAUGCUCAGCUAGCUGUUGUUGUGACAGUUAUGUCAAACUCAUUAUAGUAUGUAUAACUGAAAAUCAGAUUCAGAGAUUUAACCACGCCUGUGUAUGUGUAAAUUGGAUGAUGUCCAUUCAGGAUUCGUAUUUAAAGAUUAAUUCUGUAUGUUUGUGAUGGUAGUUUUCGUAAAUUAUAGAGCCUGGAUAUGACAAGUAUUUUUUAAAGAAACUGAAAAGCCGAAAUUUAUGAUAUUGUAAUAAGUAUUUUUCCUUAGUAGAGGUUGGCAUUAAUU